AUGUCCCGGAGACCCCGGCACAGUAUAUAUAGUAGUGAUGAUGAUGAAGAAGAUGUUGAGGUCUAUGAUCACGACUAUGAUGGUCUGCUUCCCAAGACUGGAAAACGCCACUUAGGAAAAACCAGGUGGACCCGCGAGGAGGAUGAGAAGCUGAAGAAGCUUGUGGAGCAGAAUGGCACAGAAGACUGGAAAGUCAUAGCCAAUUUCCUUCCUAAUCGGACAGAUGUUCAGUGCCAGCACCGAUGGCAGAAGGUACUAAACCCAGAACUUAUCAAAGGUCCCUGGACUAAAGAGGAGGAUCAAAGGGUAAUAGAGCUCGUGCAGAAAUACGGUCCAAAGCGCUGGUCUGUCAUUGCUAAGCAUUUGAAGGGAAGGAUUGGAAAACAGUGCAGGGAGAGGUGGCACAACCAUUUGAAUCCAGAAGUGAAGAAAACCUCCUGGACAGAAGAGGAAGAUAGAAUUAUUUACCAGGCACACAAGAGGCUGGGAAACAGAUGGGCAGAGAUUGCAAAGUUGCUGCCUGGACGAACUGAUAAUGCUAUCAAGAACCACUGGAACUCCACCAUGCGCCGGAAGGUCGAGCAGGAGGGCUACCUGCAGGAGUCCUCCAAAGCCUGCCACUCCUCAGCAGCUGCUGGCUUUCAGAAGAACAACCACCUGAUGGCCUUUGCUCACAGCGCAUCGCCGCCCGCGCAGCUGGCAGUGGCCAGCCAGCCCCCGCUGGGCAGUGACUACCCCUACUACCACCUGCCCGAGCCUCAGAACGUUCCUGGUCAGAUCCCGUAUCCAGUAGCACUGCAUGUAAAUAUUGUCAAUGUACCUCAGCCAGCUGCUGCAGCUAUCCAGAGACACUAUAAUGAUGAAGAUCCUGAGAAAGAAAAGCGAAUAAAGGAAUUAGAGUUGCUACUAAUGUCGACUGAGAAUGAACUGAAAGGGCAGCAGGCAUUACCAACACAGAACCACACAUCAAACUACCCCGGCUGGCACAGCACCACAAUUGCUGACAGUACCAGGACCAGUGGUGACAGUGCACCUGUUUCCUGUUUGGGGGAGCAUCACCACUGCACUCCAUCUCCACCGGUGGAUCACGGUUGCUUACCUGAGGAAAGUGCAUCCCCUGCCCGGUGCAUGAUUGUUCACCAGAGCAACAUCCUGGACAAUGUUAAGAAUCUCUUAGAAUUUGCUGAAACACUCCAGUUAAUAGACUCCGAUCCUUCUUCAUGGGGUGAUCUCAGCACUUUUGAAUUCUUUGAAGACACAGACACUCCGGCUAGCAGAGCUCCCCCAGGCAAAGCUGCGCAGCUUCAGCAGAGAGGGGCCAGUGCUUGCAGACCGCAAGGACAGCCCACCACAAAUUUGAGCAAAGUCAUGUUGAGUCAGGGCUCUCUUGGCUCACCAAAGACCUUAUCUGCCUCCCAGGGCAGCGCGGCUCCGUGGCUCCUUCUUCGCAAAAGGAGAGGGCACUGCGGCCCCUCAACCAAUGGCCAUGGUAGCGCCUUGGUCCGAGCUGACGCCAGCAGCUCAACUCCUCCUAAGCGCUCCCCUGUCAAAAGCCUGCCCUUCUCUCCCUCGCAGUUCCUAAACACCUCAUCCACUCACGAAAACUUGAACCUGGAGAACCCUGCACUUACCUCCACGCCGGUGUGUGGCCAUAAGAUGGCAGUUACCUCCCCGUUCCACAGGGACCAGGCUUUCAAAGCUCAGAAGGAAAACCAUGUUUUCAGGACUCCAGCAAUCAAGAGGUCGAUAUUAGAAAGCUCUCCAAGAACACCCACUCCAUUCAAAAACGCACUUGCAGCUCAGGAAAUCAAAUACGGUCCUUUGAAGAUGCUGCCUCAAACUCCAACUCAUCUUGUGGAAGAUCUGCAGGAUGUUAUCAAGCAGGAGUCGGAGGAAUCUGCAAUAGUGGCUGGGCUACAUGAAAGUGGACCCCCUUUGCUGAAGAAAAUCAAACAAGAGGUGGAGUCGCCAACAGAUAAAGCUGGAAAUUUUUUUUGUUCAAAUCACUGGGAAGGAGAAAACCUGAACACUCAGCUCUUUACACCUGGGUCUGCUAUGGAAGAUGUGCCAAAUCUUCUUACCAGUUCCAUUUUAAAGAUGCCUGUGUCUGAAGAUGAUGAUAGUUUUCACAAAACAGUUGCAGUACCUAGAAACAGGCCACUAGCUAGUCCUCUACAGCAUCUGAACAACACCUGGGAGCCGGCGUCCUGCGGGAAGAUCGAGGAUCAGAUGGCUCUGCCAGAUCAGGCGCGCAAAUACAUGGCCACCUUCCCCACCCGGACUCUGGUGAUGUGAAAGGGUCGGCGCACAGAGAAGCAUUAUGGUUCUGAGAACACUUCACCUCCACUGGGAAAUUCCUGUUCCUCUGCAUGAGAACUUUUCAUGAAUGGGAGAAGAGCCUAUCUUUGUUGUGGUACAACAGUUGGGAGCAGCACAAAGUGCAUUUAGUCACUCAGCAUAUAUAUUCUUGUUGGAUUUCACCCAACUUAAGAGUUUGUGUUUUUUUAAUGAUACUUGCCUAAAUUAUUAGGUAUUGAGUUUGAAUCGGUAAUUAAUGAUCUUAAGUGCAGUCUUAUAAUAAAGAUAAUUUUUCUUGUACUUUUUGAGAUCAAACAGACUUAAUACACCAGUAUUGUUAUUUCAGUGAUGUGCUAGUCAGGGGUGGGGUUUAGUUUGUUUCUUUUUUUAUUUUUUAUUUUGUUUUGUAAUAAUAAAAGAGCAGGUACUCACACAGAUAUAUUUUAAAUCACUGAACAAAAUGAAUUGGUGUAAAAUACCGAAGUGAAAAGCAUUACUACAAACGCUUGUCUGUGCAAAAGGGGAAAGCUGAUCAAGAUUGUGAAUGCUCAAACAUCCAUUCCUCUUGAAAUACUCCUUUCUGUUUUGGU